CGAGGCAAAUGCAUGCAGUCUACCCGUGGUCCGUGGCCAAAGGAGAAACGGCUUACUCGGGCUUUGACCCCCGCCGGCGGCCGCCAAGAGAACGAGUAAUUACGCUAUCUAGCUCAAGAACACGGCACGCGCUGCGUGCGCGGCGCGCAUUCUUCUUCUUCUUCUUCUUCUUCUUCUUCUUCUUCUUCUUCUUCUUCUUCCUCAACUCCUGAUCUCCAUCGCGUCCGCCUACGCCUCUCGACCAUGAAGCCCCACAAGAGCAACCCCUUCUCGCGCAAGAUCUCCGUUGCUGUUGCCACGCCGAUCCUCCUCCUGCUAGCCCUCGCCGUCGUCUCGCUCUACGAUUUCAACUUCGCCGACAGUUACUACCAGUACAUACGCCGCGCCUCCUCCGCUUCAUCGUCGGCGCCGUCGUUUCCGGCGACCACCUCCGCGUCUCCCACGAUCCCGGCGGCAACCUUACCAUCGUCAUCGUCGUCGGCGUCUCCGCCCAACUCCUCCUCGUCAUCUUCGGCGUCCCCGACCAACUCCUCGCCCACUGGCGCCUGCGACCUGACGCGGGGCCAGUGGGUGCCGGACGACGAGCCGCCGUACUACACCAACCUGACGUGCCCGUUCAUCGACGACCUCCAGAACUGCAUGAAGUUCGGCAAGCCGGGCGGUCUCGACAUCAUGCGCUGGCGGUGGAAGCCUGACGGCUGCGACCUUCCCCGCUUCGACGCCGGGCGGUUCUUGGAGGCCAUGAGGGGCAAGUCCAUGGCCUUCGUCGGGGAUUCGCUCGCCAGGAACCACGUCAAGUCUCUGCUCUGCAUCCUGUCCCAGGUGCCAGAGCCGGUGGAGCUCGUCACCACGACGGAGACGGACGUGACGGGGAGGGCCGUCCGGCGAGACUUCCACUACGGCAGCCACGGGUUCAACGUCUCGCUCUUCUGGUCGCCCUUCCUGGUCAAGGCCAACCUCUCGAACGCGGCGUUCGGCCUGGGCCUGUGGGACGUGCACCUCGACACGCCGGACGCCCGGUGGGCGGCGCACAUCGCCGACUUCGACUACAUCGUCCUGUCCGGCACCAACUGGUUCUUCCGCCCCUCGGUGUACUACGAGGGUGGCCGGGCCGUCGGGCGCAACGGCGGCGCCAGCGGCGCCCACAACGCGACCGAGACGCCCGUCUCCGGCGCGGUGCGCGCCGCGUUCCGCACGGCGCUCGGCGCCAUCGCGGCCCGCGAGGGGUUCCGCGGCAAGGCCGUGGUCCGGACGGUCACGCCCGCGCACUUCGAGAACGGGGAGUGGAACACCGGCGGCGACUGCGUGCGCACGCGGCCGCUCCGCCGCGGCGAGCGCGCCCGCGACGCCGUCGUGGCCGAGUUCCGCGCCGCGCAGGUUGACGCGCUGAGGGAGACCGAGGCGGCAUGGCGGCGGAACCGGAGCGGCGCGGAGCUGCGGCUGCUGGACAUCACGGGGGCGAUGGAGCUGCGUCCGGACGGGCACCCGAGCCGGUACGGGCACCCGCCGGGCGGGAGCGUGGAGGGGAGCUUCGUGGUGGACUGCCUGCACUGGUGCUUGCCGGGGCCGAUCGACCUGUGGAGCGAGCUGCUGUUCCACAUGCUGGCGGCUCAUCCACGGCGUGCUGACAUUGACAGCAGGGUUUCUGUAAGAGAAACUGAGAAAAAUGGUGUGCAAGGCACGCUCUGAGCUCCAACGUUCAAAGGCAACACGCAAACUCUUCCAUUCCA